AUGGGUAUCGAAGCGCUUGAUUUCCCCCAGAUGUGGGAACGUCCCAGCUACACUCAGCUGGCAGACAUACUCAAGACUCUCGAACUUAGUCCCCCCAUAUGGAACCAUAAGCGUCGCCGCUCAGAGAUUAUCGAGGAGCAGGAAUCCUUGGCCAGCCAGCGCAAGGCCGAAGUCACUCGUUAUCUUUCCUCCAUCAUCAAGAGCCCCCUAUCAUGGAUCGAGGAUGACGACGAGAAGGAGAUUCUCUGGACACAGGCGAGCAAGCGUAUGUCAGAGCGAUGCGGACGCACGGCUAUGGGAGAAGUCGUUCGGAGCUGGCCUUUUGAAGACGGAGCGGACGAGUUUGAGCUGAUUAUCAAAGAGCCCGCCCUCACAGGAGACUCGCUUGGCUUCAAGACCUGGGGAUCGUCGUAUGUGCUUUCGCAGCAUCUCCCUCGAAUGGCUGAGACCUCGCUAUUUCGACUGUUUGACGAGACGCUGGGCCAGCCAAGACCUGAUGUUCUUGAACUUGGAUCUGGAACAGGACUUUUGGGUCUUGCAGCUGCCGCUUUCUGGAAGGUCCCUGUAGCUCUGAGCGAUCUACCGAAUAUCGUGCCCAAUCUGAGAGAAAACGUUGCCAAGAACGCCGAACUCAUCAAGUCUCGUGGUGGAUCACUUACAGUCGGCGACCUGACCUGGGGUGGCAGUGAGGAUGAAAUAGACCAAACUCUUUUUGGACAACCGAAUCAGUUCAAGAUUGUCCUCGCGGCUGAUCCCAUGUACGACGAUGACCACCCAGCACUUCUCGCUUCCGCCAUCAGUGAGCACCUGGCUCUAGGCUCAGAUUCACGCGCUGUCGUCAUGGUCCCGCGUCGGGACGUCACCACUGGGCGCCUCCUUGAGUCGUUCCGCCAGGCUAUGCUUGACCUUGAUACGCCGCUGUUUUGCGAAGAGGAGGACGAGCUUGCUGGCCAGGAUGACUGGAUUGAGGAUGACGAAGCAGGCAACGUGCGGUGCUGGCUUGGUGUAUUUAGUCGAGGCGGUUCACCGCUGCCUUUGAGUAGUGAUGCAGCCUCUGUUGUAUAG